AUGCUGGCGUUCUCGCCCACAGACUGGCGGGCAGGUGUCUCUGGAGACAGCCAGCUCGAUCAUCAAAGCAGCUAUUUGUUGACGCAAACAGACGGAGCAACAAUAUCCCUCGACUUCUAUGGCAGCUCUGUUCAUAUAUAUGGUUCCAAGCGUUCGUAUCAUGGACCGUACAAGGUCCAGCUCGACAAAAACCCCUAUCAAACCUUCAAUGGCCUUUCGUAUACGGAACUUUUUCAGCAAUCGUUAUUCAGCGCGAACAUGACUUUGGGAGAUCAUGAGAUACGGAUAUCGAAUCAAAACAUCACAUUUACGGAUGUGGACUAUAUUGAAUUUCAAACCAGUGUUGGGAAUGUGAAUGAAACACUCAUCGUGAAUACAUUUCAGGAUGGGCAUUCUUCCUUUAGAUAUGCACCACCUACAUCUUGGAGAAUUCCUGACAAGGCUGGUGAUGCGGUUGCUUUAUAUGGGCCUGUUGGUCCGAACAGUUGCACGGCAUAUUCUGUCAAAGUGGAUAAUGGAAACCCGACAGUAUUCUCAGCAAAUAGACAGUUCUACAGACCCCAGCAAAUUCUGUUCUAUGCUUUUAAUCUCGGCGUUGGGCAGCAUAUGCUACAGAUACAGCUGCCAGGAUCAUCGACAUCGGGCGAGUUUGCAAUUGACUUUGCAACUGUUUAUACAACGCCCUCGCUUGGUGGAAGUUUUGCUAGUGGCGAUCCUGGGGUUAAUGCACCAGACCCUACCAGCACGGGAGGACCUGCCACAAACGCUGAUAAGAGGGAUCUUUUCAUUGGAAUCGCCAUUUCUGCAGGGGUUGCCGCAUUAGCAAUUGUAGCAUGCAUCAUCCUCUUCUUGCGCCGCUCAAGAACAACCCUUAUACCAAAUCCAAAUGAUAAAGAAAUUCAACGUAACAGUGCAAUCUCUCCAUUCACAUCACUACCCUCUGCCCAGCCUACAAGCCUCAACUCGGCGGAAUCGCAAGUAUCAUCCCAACCGCUGACACUGCAACCUGCGCAGCGGGAGCAGCACAGUAAGUUUUCACUAAGUCCGGCACCGGUACGGACCCAGGGGCAGGUGCCCAUACACGGCGCUGCAAACCACUAUCGCGCGGCGACGAGCACGUCCGGGUCAGAGUCCGUAGUCCAAGCUAUUCAACAAGUUGUUGAGGUUCCGGUGCCGCAAGAACAUAUGGACAUCUCGAUCUCGCCGCCGCAGUAUACUGUUAGUCCGGGUACUCCUCGAGAUAAUGGUCACGGUCGUACUUAG